AUGACAUCCCCGAGACCAUGGUUCGACUGUGGAGCUACUCGUGGUCACUACGAGCGCGGCAGCAUUAUUAUCGCCGAUGAUGGAACCCGAUGGGAAAUCCUCGAACGCCUAAGCAGGACGAAUUCCAGAGAGGAGCAGACAUCCAGCGUAUCCAGCGUACCUAGCUAUGCCACCCUAAAGCUGCGCUGCGUAAAGUCCAGCAUCAAUCUGACUCCGAGUGAGAAAGGGAGAACCAAAGCAUUUAUUCUCCAUGCUGGGACGGAGUUUGAUGAUCCUAAUACUCGCGCUGCGCAAGCCGUUCCAAUCUUUCAGCCCAAUGAUCUCAGCGCAUAUAGAACUCUUGGCGGGCAUCCAACGACUUCGAAAUUUACACCGAAGCUGCUGGGAUCUAAGGUGUCGGUACAAGAGCCCUUAGGCAUCAUUCCUGGCGGGUUUCUUACGUUUAUUGGCUUCCUCUGGGCGAUGGAACCGGAAACGCAACUGGAUAUUGGAAUUUGCCGCCGCACGAGCGUGCUAAAAUCCGAGAACUCUUUGAAAGUCAUCUUAACUUAUUGGAUUGGAUAUAUCCUUUACUGUUGGUAUCUGGCCAAGGUCUAUCUCUGCCCACCACUUAGUCUGGAAUUCCAUGACCGAGAAAUUAAGGACAUGCCCUGGACUGAGGCUUGGCUGCCUGCAUGGGACCUCGUUAAAACUCCGCCGCAGAAUUGGUGGGCGCGAUUUGACUGGGAUGGGAAUAUUACGUGUUGGACAUACUAG